UCCUUGUUUAUUCACGCGGUGACAUUGAGCAAAUGUUGGCAAAAAUGUCGCAAAACCGGUCAAAAUUACUGUGUUGAGUGUGUUGAGUUAAAUCAUCAUUUUUCGCGAGAAUUUACACAUUGUUUACUGCAAGGUGGAGGUCAGAACUUAGGUCUUGUAUCCGUGAUCACAUUCUUUAUCUUUAGGUACAAAAUUAGUCUUGUAUCUAUUCGCUCCAGAAAAAAAUGGGCAACAGUGAGUCAGUCCGUGCUACACAUUUCCAAAGGCCUGACGCAACAUCGGACACCAAGGAGGAUGACCUGCCGCAGGAGCACCACAUCAGCAUAUCUAAUAAAAUGGUGGAACGACUGGUAGAAGACGCAAGUUUGACAGCCGGAAUAGACACCAGUGCAUCCAAUCCAAAAGGCGAUUUCAGGGAGAAGAUGUUCAUUGAGAAACUCAAAAUUUUGGAUGAAAACCAUACCAACAGAUUUGGUCUCACGGUCGGGGAGCUGAACGCCAUAUUGAAGCGCGUGGAGAAGAGAACUGCCAACAUGGUGGACGACGAGCCAGUGUGUGCGGGAAUCAAGCGUCAGAUCAUAGAGUGCUACGACGGCGCCAGCUCGCCCGCUGCAGGCAUACAGUGCUGGGAUACCAUCGGUGCGUUUACAGAAUGCGUCCAAGCAGCAGGCACGAAGAGGCUGCAGGCGCGAAACGAACGUGACGCACUCGAGCUUGCGCGACGAACGCGGCACGUCGCGCAUGCUCGCGAACAUGCUCUCAAGGACCUUAGCUGAAUACAUUGGAGGGUUUAGGCUCUUUACGCAUUGCAUACGACCCCAAUCCGAGAAAAUUACGUCUAAAUCUUACGGUCUAAGGCUGAGAUGUAUAGAGCGAACUUUGACUUUGCUUAGACUUACGGGAAAACGGGAUAGAUUUAUGUCGGCGAUAUAACGCUAUCUCGUUUCAACAGAGUUUUAAGUAUGAGCAGUUAAAGUACGCUCUAUAGGUGCGUGCAAACUCAGGGUGAAUGCUUCGCCUACAUUGUAUUGACCCCGCGGCGCUUAUUUACGCAACGUUCAUUGACCUCUAGUCACAAAGAAUUUUUUGAAAAUACA